AUGGACGCAGGCUCCCACUCGAUCUCCUCAGAGAAGAGCCGCGCCGCCGCCGCGCCCCGGCCGCCGCUGCAGGAGGCGGUCUCCCGCCCCUACAUGCCAUCGCUGGGCUUGGGAUGCCGUAACCCGUCGGCCAAGUGCUACGGCGAUAGGUUCAUCCCGGACAGAUCCGCGAUGGACAUGGACAUGGCACACUACCUGCUCACUGAGCCCAGGAAGGACAAGGAGAACGCGGCGGCGUCCCCGUCCAAGGAGGCGUACCGGAGGCUGCUCGCGGAGAAGCUGCUCAACAACCGGACACGGAUCCUCGCCUUCAGGAACAAGCCGCCGGAGCCCGAGAACAUAUCUUUCGCCGACGCGGCUUCCUCCAACCUGCAAGCCAAGCCUGCCAAGCAGCGGCGCCACAUUCCCCAGUCUGCCGAGAGGACCCUAGACGCACCAGAGCUUGUUGAUGACUACUACCUCAACCUGCUCGACUGGGGGAGCAACAAUGUGCUGUCCAUUGCUCUGGGAGACACACUGUACCUGUGGGAUGCAUCGAGCGGAUCCACAUCCGAGCUUGUGACCAUCGAUGAGGACAGCGGUCCUAUUACCAGCGUUAGCUGGGCUCCUGAUGGUCGGCACAUCGCUGUCGGGCUCAACUCGUCUGACGUCCAGCUCUGGGACACCAGCUCCAACCGACUGUUGAGAACACUCAGAGGUGUGCAUGAGGCAAGGGUAGGUUCACUGGCAUGGAACAACAGCAUCCUGACCACCGGUGGCAUGGAUGGCAAGAUUGUGAACAAUGACGUGAGGAUUAGAGACCACGUUGUGCAGACGUACGAGGGGCACAGCCAGGAGGUGUGCGGGCUCAAGUGGUCUGGAUCAGGGCAGCAGCUGGCCAGCGGAGGCAAUGACAAUCUUCUGCACAUUUGGGAUGUGUCGAUGGCAUCAUCCAUGCCAUCUCCUGGCCGCAACCAGUGGCUGCAUAGGCUCGAAGACCACAUGGCCGCCGUGAAGGCACUCGCGUGGUGUCCGUUCCAGAGCAACUUGCUCGCCACUGGCGGUGGUGGCAGCGAUCGGUGCAUCAAGUUCUGGAACACACACACCGGUGCGUGCCUGAACUCAGUUGACACCGGAUCACAAGUGUGCGCUCUUCUCUGGAACAAGAAUGAGAGGGAGCUGCUGAGUUCACAUGGAUUCACACAGAACCAACUGACUUUGUGGAAGUACCCAUCGAUGGUGAAGAUGGCUGAACUUACUGGCCAUACCUCUCGUGUCCUUUUCAUGGCUCAGAGUCCUGAUGGAUGCACAGUAGCGUCAGCUGCUGCAGAUGAGACCCUCCGGUUCUGGAACGUUUUUGGAGCCCCUGAAACGCCCAAGCCUGCAGCCAAAGCUUCCCACACUGGGAUGUUCAACAGCUUCAACCACAUCCGAUAG